AUGCCACCGAAGUUCAAGAAGCCCAAGGCGACCGGCGGCGCAGCGCAAGGGCAAGGGCAGGGGCCACGGGUGCUGUACUGGUUCCGGACCGAUCUGCGGCUGCACGACAGCCCAGCGUUGACGCAUGCGCUGUCGCUUGACCCGUCGGUGUUGGUGCCACUGUGGUGCUGGGACCCGCACUACGUGUACCGGCAGCGCGGGUCGGCGAACCGGUGGAACUUCCUGGUCAGCUGCAUGCGCGACGUGUCGGGGUCGCUGGCGGCGCUGAACCCGAGGCAGAAGCUGCAUGUCGUCAGGCGCGCCCCGGGCAAGGUCAUGGCGGAGCUGUUGCGGAGGUGGAGGAUCGACGUCUUGGUGUUUGAGAAGGACACGGACGCGUAUGCGCGCCUCAGGGACGACGAGGUCACGAGUAUCGCCGAGGGCUUGGGCGUCGAAGUCGUGAGUUUGAGCGGUCGCACGCUGUUCGAUAGCGAUGAGGUGGUCAGGAUGAAUGGUGGGAAGCCGACGAUGAGUAUGAAUCAAUUGGUGAAUGCGAGUAAAAAGAUUGGCAACGGCAUUCCGCAGAAGCCUCUGGAGACGCCGCUGAGGCUUCCUGAUCCGCCUGAAGAUCAUGAAUUGGAUCUUUCAGAUCUGGAUGCUGACAAGGUAGAUGAGGGAGGAAGUAACGAGGCCAUGGACUACAAUCUACCGCAGAGGACCUUGGGCCAGAAGAAGAAUACACAGUAUGAGACUGGCAUCAUGGGUCCUGCAAAGGAUUUCGGCGUGCCUACACUUGAAGAAAUGGGUAUUGAUCCUGCCGAUGUUACCUCUCCUCACAAAGGUGGCGAGACUAUUGGUCUCGAAGUUUUGAAGUCUUACAUUGAGAACUCGGACUAUAUUGGCACUUUCGAAAAGCCUAAGACCGCUCCAACCGAUUUCGAACCACAAGCAACGACAUUAUUAUCACCACACAUGCAUUUCGGAAGCGUGUCUGUUAGAAAAUUCUGGUGGGAUGUUCAGGAUGUUUUGGAGCAGCGUCGAAAAGAGAAAAAGCACGUUAGCGGAGAGCCUGUCAACCUCCCGGGUCAGCUGUUAUUCAGAGACAUGUACUUUGCCACCCAUGCGAAGAUUGGUUUUCAGUUUGGCCAGGCUGUUGGGAAUAGUGUUGCAAGGUUUAUCCCCUGGCACCUACAAUUGAACUACGUCAAAGGCGAUCAAGACGGCAAGCCAGUUAGUGAUGGAACAUAUCUGGUAGACGACCCGCAAGCUGAGGAAUAUUUUCGAAGGUGGAAAGAAGGCAGAACAGGAUUUCCCUGGAUCGACGCCCUAAUGCGGCAGUUGAAACUAGAAGGCUGGAUUCAUCACCUGGGCAGACAUGCCGUAGCUUGUUUUUUGACAAGAGGUGGAUGCUAUGUGAGUUGGGAGCGUGGAGCUGAGGUCUUUGAAGAAUGGCUCAUUGACCACGAAAUUGCCUGCAACGCAGGAAACUGGAUGUGGUUGAGUUGCACAGCCUUUUUCAGCCAAUUCUAUCGGAUGUAUUCGCCCAUCGCAUUUGGGAAGAAGUGGGACCCUGAGGGCCAUUUUGUGAGACGAUACGUUCCAGAAUUGGCCAACUUCGACAAGAAAUACAUUUACGAGCCUCACAAGGCUCCAAUAGCAGACCAGAAGGCGUGGGGCUGUGCCAUACAGGGUGAUGGUCUAAAAAUCGAGGAGAAGGGUACCAAAGUGUACCCCAAACCUAUGUUCGAUUUUAAUGAACGCAGACAAUUUUGUCUCGAUCGGAUCAAAGAGGCAUAUAAUGUCGGUCUGUAUGGUGAUGAUGAGCGAGUUCUCUCUGGCGAGUGGAAGAAGCUGUUUGGUUUCGAUGACAAAGAAGGGCAGAGAAAAGAGGAAGCAAGUGGGUCAAUUCUACGAGGGACGAAGCGUUCGAAGGUCGUAAAUGGUAAUCAUCCAGAAUUUGAAGAUGAUGCAGGUGAGUUUGCAGAUGUGGGAGACGACAGUGAGAAUGAGAACAAGAGGCCCAGAAAAGCAAUCAAGAAGAUCCCAAAAGGUGGACAGAAGACCUUGGACACCAUCGUGACAAGGACGAGAGCAAAGAAAUAA